GCGCGCAGUAGCCUAUCGGAUCCGGCCCUUGCUACCAAAGCAUUGGACAGGUGUAUAUUAUUCUGCUCAGCCCAAGAAAUACAAACGAGUUCCAAUCUCAAAAGUGUACCCCCUACCGUAGUCGCUCAUGACCUUAGUAGUUUAUGCGACUUUAAACAAAUUAAAAAAAAAAAAAAUAUUUAUCAAAAAGAUUUUUUAAUAUAUUUAUCAAACCUU